AAUACCGGAGACGGUAGAUGGAUAAGAUAGAAUCUUCAAAGUCAAGAUUAUUUGCACAUAUAUAAAUGCAAAAACAAUUUACUGACUCAUAAGUCCUCAAAAUGAAACUGAGAUUACUCUUCCUUGCAACAGUUUUCCUAAUAGGGUUGGACCAAUCCAACUCCGCCUCGAAAAACAAAUUCCCGGAUUACUUCAAAUUCGGCGUCGCGACGGCCUCGUACCAAGUCGAAGGUGGUUGGGACGCCGACGGCAAAGGGGAAAACGUCUGGGACCACAUCACCCACACCAACCCCAACUAUGUCAAAAACCAGGACAAUGGAGACAUCGCUUGUGACUCCUACCACAAAUACAAGGAGGAUGUCGCCCUCAUGAAAGACAUGGGCAUCGACUAUUACCGCUUUUCCAUCUCUUGGUCCCGAAUCCUCCCUUACGGAAUCGCCGGCUCGCCUUUGAACCAAUUGGGAAUUGACCAUUACAGAAAUUUGACGCAAGAACUGCUCGACAAUGGAAUUGAACCCAUGGUCACGAUGUUCCAUUGGGACACCCCGGAGCCCUUGCAAGAAUUGGGCGGGUGGCCUAACCCGGAAAUGGAGGAGCAUUUUGUGUACUAUGCCCGGAUUUUGUUCGAGCAAUUGGGGGAUUUGGUCAAGAUGUGGAUGACUUUCAACGAAGCGAAACAGACGUGUCUUGAGGGGUACGGCACGGGGGAGAAGGCCCCAGGGUUCAAGACCUCGGGGUUAGCUGAUUAUCAGUGUGCACACACUAUACUUAAAUCCCACGCAAAGGUUUAUCACAUGUAUGAGGAGGAAUUUAGAGAAAAACAGGGAGGAAGAGUUGGGAUUGUUAUUGACUCGAUGUGGUUUGAGCCUGGUAGUGGAAGUGACAAGGACGUGGAAGCGGCAGAAAGGGCCCGGCAAUUUACGUAUGGUUGGUACGGCAACCCCAUCAUCCACGGUAAUUACCCCCAAGUCAUGAUCGACCGAAUUGGUGAAAGAAGUAAGAAACAAGGUUUUGCAAAAUCAAGACUUCCGACAUUUACACAAGAAGAAAUAGAUUAUAUUAAAGGAACUUACGAUUUCGUUGCACUCAACACCUACAGUACAAAUUAUACCGCAUGGAUAGAAGAAGCAGAUAUUUCCGAUGUCAGUUAUAACAGUGAUUUAAAUGUUCGUCUCUUUGUGGAUGAUAGUUGGGAAGAAUCGGCUUCCACAUGGCUGAGGGUUGUUCCUUGGGGUUUAAGAAAAAUAGUUAAUUGGCUCAGUAAGACCUACAACAAUCCGGAAAUUUUUAUUACUGAAAAUGGACUAUCAGAUCGUGGUGGACUCGAUGAUGAUCAAAGAAUAAGAUACUACAGAGACUAUUUGAGUAAUCUUGUUGAUGCGAUUGUGGAAGAUGGGGUGAAUGUCACUAGAUAUACUGCUUGGAGUUUGCUUGACAACUUUGAAUGGAGAAGUGGAUAUACGGAAAAGUUUGGUUUUUACAGUGUUGAUUUCAACAGCACCGAGAGAACAAGAACAAAGAAAGCUUCUGCUGAUUAUUAUUCGAAAGUUAUUAGCACUAGAUGUUUGGUAGACACAUGCAACUAAUAUUUCUGGCAAAAUAAAUGUAUUUGAAUAGGUAAAUAAAUAUUUCUAAGACAAA